AUGAAAGCUUACACGAAUUUAAAAAUGCGAGUUGCGUGCGUGUGGGCCCUUCUGGGUCUGUUUGCAUUGGCUGGUGCACGCACCGCUCAAAGGCAGCAAGCUGUCACAGCGCAAAUCACCUCGCUAACGGACAAGGAUGCAAGAAGCAAGGCGAGUGUUCAUUCAGCUUUUGCCAACGCCGGGAAACAGGCGGGCGUCGAGGUGUGGCGAAUUGUGAACUUUAAUCCGGUGGCCGUGGCGCAGUCGGACGUCGGCAAAUUCAACAAAGGCGAUUCCUACAUCGUGCUUAAGACGACCGCCGACAAGAAGAAGAACCUAUCCUGGGACAUCUACUACUGGAUCGGCAGCGAGUCCACCCAGGACGAGUCCGGGGCAGCCGCGAUCCUCACAGUGGGCCUGGACGACAAGUUCGGCGGCGCCGCUGUCCAGCACCGCGAGACCCUGGGCAGGGAGAGCCAGCAGUUCCUCUCGUUGUUCCGCCCAGCCAUCAGAUAUGUGGACGGUGGUGCCGCGUCGGGCUUCAACCAUGUGGUCACCAACCCAGGCGCGGAGAAGAGGCUGCUCCAGGUCAAAGGCAAGAAGAACAUCCGCAUCAGACAGGUGGACCCAAUCAUCUCGUCGCUCAACAAAGGCGACUGCUUCAUUCUGGACGUGAACAACGACGUGAUGGUGUACGUCGGCGACGGCGCGCGCAACACUGAGAAGCUGAAGGCGAUCUCGGUGGCGAACCAGGUCCGCGAUCAGGACCACAACGGCAGGGGCCGAGUGGAGAUAGUCGACCAGUACUCCAGCGAGACGGACGUGCAGAAGUUCUUCACAGCGCUGGGCUCGGGAUCGAAGGACCUGGUGCCAGAGGCGAGCGCCGGUGGCGAUGAUCAGGCCUUCGAGAGGAGUGAAGAGGACAGCGUAUCGCUGUCGGAGGUCUCAGACAGCAGUGGAUCUCUGGUGGCCACGCCGCUGAAGAAGCCCUUCAAACAGGAACAGCUGAAGCCUCAAGAAGCCUACAUAUUGGACACAGUAAGCGGCAGCAUAUACGUCUGGAUCGGCAAGCAGGCUUCGAAAAGGGAGAAGACCGAAGUCAUGUCCAAGGCGGAACAGCUGCUGAGGUCAAAGAACUAUCCGUCCUGGGUGCACGUGGUGAGAAUACCGCAGGGCACCGAGCCGGCCGUGUUCAAGCAGUACUUCGCCACGUGGCGCGACGUCGGAAUGUCUCACAGCAGGCUCGUCCGCUCCGCUAAAGCUUCAAAUAGCCUUAAAGACAUGACUUCCAAAUGGCCUAAACUCUAUAAAGGCAUUGUGACCGGGACUAAUAUGGUGUUUGAGGAGAUUCCGAACUUCAGUCAAACCGAUCUCAGACAGGAUGCGGUAUUCGUUUUGGACAUGGGUGAUGAACUGUUUGUCUGGAUCGGUGAAGAUGUCACAGAGGAGGAGCGCAAAGUGACUUUUGACAUACAUAAACAUUUGCAACCUUUGAAGGCGAGUUUUCCUCAAAACUGGGUUAUUGUUAUGACCAAGCAGGGCUUAGAGCCGGAGUCAUUUAAGAAGUCCUUCGGAACCUGGGAGCCUGAGUUGCUAGCGAAACUCCGCGAUAGCGACGAAGAGAAGUACGACGCGUUGAAUUUCAACGAGGUCGAAGAA